UGUUGCUGCAAAUCUUUGAAGCAAUAUGGAUGUUGUUGUAUAUUUUUGAAGCAGUAUGGAUGUUGCUGCAAAUCUUUGAAGCAAUAUGGAUGUUGUUGUACAUCUUUGAAGCAGUAUGGAUGUUGCUGCAAAUCUUUGAAGCAGUAUGGAUGUUGUUGUAUAUCUUUGAAGCAGUAUGGAUGUUGUUUAUAA